AUGGACCUGUUUACGAUCAUUGCGGUAGAUGAAAGUGCUGCAGAACAUGUAUCUGUGACGGCGGAUAAGGCAGAUUGUAGUUAUCCUGAGCGGACUGUUCAAAACGCAAUGUUUCUUACUAAUGUAAGAUAUAUCUUCGAAGAUGAUGAAGAUUAUAAUCUAGAUGAGCGGACGAUGGUUGAUGAAGAUGUAGAAAAUGUGGUCGUGGUGGAUUUAGAUGAAUUUUUAAAUUUGAGGUCGGUGGAAUUGAUCAGCGAACGGUUUCAGAUGUUAAAUUACAGUUUGGGGACUGAAAAUGAGAUUACAUUAAAGGUACUAUCCCAAUUUCCGGCCGAGGUGGAGAACGCUGAGAACAGAGGUUUAGAUGAGCUGAUAUAUAGGUAUCGGAAGCAGAAUAGGGCUUUGCAGUAUCUAAUAGAUGGACUGUGA